CACGCAGGGCAGGGCACGUUCGCGAACAGCGGCCGGCGGCGGCGCGGUGCUCGGAAUUGACUCGGAGACCGGUUAUCUCUCGAUUGUACAAGGUCACUCGACGUCUUCGGUCCUAAGGGUGGGUCUGGCCUCUUGUAGGGAGGGGUCGUUCACGAAUGAUCGCGAGUGGAAUAAAUAGAAAGUGCGGAGCGACCGAUCGAAGGGGCGGCCGUGGUCGGCGGUUAUCUCGGGAGAGGCUGGCCCGUGCUCGCUAGCGGGAGUUCGCGGCUCACGAGUCGGCUGCUCGGUGGCGAUCCGAUCUACCGGGAGGACAACAAACCGCUCCCCGGUGGAUGCCGCUCUGCCCGAUCCGUGGGGUUCUUCCCUGAUCCCCUCCCGAUCCCCGGCCCCCGACCCUUGCCCCUGCCCGAUUCCCCGUAGCGAGUCAAGCCCUCGUCGUCCGUGGCUCCGCGCUCCGACUUCGCCGCCGCUCUAGCCGCGGGGUGGGGGAAUACAAGCCGUCUCCGCUCCAGCUCGCGAACCUUUAUGCAGGGAAUAUGUCAACUUUCAAAUUCGUGUCGGUAAUGCACUUGCUUGCCCUACCCUUGCGAACGAUGGAUCCUGAGCCAAGAAAUCAGAAGGUGCGCCGACAAUAAAAAGCUCCUAAAAGCUAAAUAAUGAAUGCCUGCUGCACUAACACCGCCGAUACGACACAAGCAGCCUUACGAUUCGUUGAAGUAGUACGUGAGUAACGGACGCUCGUGCCACUUGCAGACGUACAUAUCUCUCCGUUUUCGCACAUGGCAGCCAUGAAGCAUGGCAAGGCAAAUCAAGACGACGUGUGUUACGUUGUCGCCAAGUACGAUUACGGGGCACAAGGUGCUCAGGAAUUGGAUUUGCGGAAAAACGAGCGUUACCUGCUGCUCGACGACUCGAAGCACUGGUGGAGAGUUCAGAGCGCGAGGGGUCAAGCCGGCUACGUUCCUAGCAACUAUGUCAAGAAGGAGAAGCCAUCUCUGUUCGAUAGCAUCAAGAAGAAAGUUAAAAAGGGAUCCGGUUCGAAGACACUGCCGUCGUCGAACUCUCCCUCAAGAGCAGUGGAGUCACCCACCAUGGCCAGGCGACUGCCGGCCGACCCUAGCGAAGCGAUAGGAACUGCAGUGGUUAAGUAUAAUUAUCAGGCCCAGCAGGCGGACGAGCUGUCCCUAGUUAAGGGGACCAGGAUCCUGAUCCUGGAGAAGAGCAACGAUGGCUGGUGGAGAGGCCAGAGCGGCACACAGGCCGGAUGGUUCCCGUCUAACUACACGCAGGAGGAAGGGGACGCCGACGAUACCCUCCAUACCUACGCCAUGGCGGAGAACGUCCUCGACAUCGUUGUCGCCCUUUACUCCUUCUCCUCGAACAACGAUCAAGAGCUCUCCUUCGAGAAGGGCGAUCGGCUGGAAAUCCUGGACCGUCCACCGGCCGACCCGGAAUGGUACAAGGCUAGGAACGGACAAGGCCAAGUCGGACUGGUACCCCGGAACUACCUGCAGGAACUCAGCGAGUACCUUACGCAGCCCUAUCGCGAACGAGGCAUGGCAAGCAGCGAGAUCAGCACCGGCGACUCCCUCGAGAGAAGGCCGGAUCCUGGUGACAGACCUCACCUAGUCGGCAAGCCCUGGUACUACGGAAGUAUUACGCGUUCGCAGUGCGACACGUUGCUCAACCAGCACGGCCACGACGGCGACUUCUUGAUCAGGGAUAGCGAAACCAACAUGGGAGAUUACUCUGUAUCCCUGAAGGCGCCAGGGCGCAACAAGCACUUCAGGGUACACGUGGAGGGCGCCUUGUACUGCAUCGGCCAGAGAAAGUUCCACACGCUCGAUCAACUCGUGGACCACUACCAACGGGCCCCGAUUUACACCAACAAGCAGGGAGAGAAGCUGUACUUGGUGCGUCCAUUGCCGAAAGGUAAUCCUAACAGCAACGGCUGUUAAAAACGCGAAUUUUCUAACCGAACCGAGCGCUUAGGAAUAUCGUUUAAUAACGCGACGCCUGCCUAGUAAUAUCGAUAUCAUCUCUCGUACAUUUAUACAUAAUAAUUAACAUAAUUGGUGAGCCUCGUAUAUUAAUGUUUCGAUUAAUUUGUCCAUUUACUAAAUAAUUUAUUAUCUGUAAGUAAUAUUACGAUGACUCUUGUUGGAGCUUCCAACCACUUAGUAAAGAUAAAACGGCAGCUACGUGAGACAUCCAUCUAGUUGACACAAGGCUUCUCUUUAUAUCUAUGUAAUUGUACUACAGUGACGCGAUCGCGAUCGCGUUAUCUACAAUUAUAAUAUAUAAACUACGUAUACUUUAGCCCGCAUAAUGAUCAAAUAAUGAUAAUUAUUACGCAAUUACGAGCGAUUAUUCGGAACAACACGAACUAUCGGUUAUAAGUUAAAACAAAGACUAAGUGUUCAUUUGUGAUUUUGUAUUUAUUAGAACAUUUUUAAGUAAAUAAACUGUAUUUAAGUGUGUAUCUAUA